UGCAGAUGCACAGGUGGUGAAUCAUGGAUGAUUCAGAGGAAAUUUGCCGAGUAUGCCGCUGCGAGGCUACAGAGGACCAACCUUUGUUUUAUCCGUGCAAGUGCUCUGGUAGUAUUCGAUAUGUUCAUCAAGAAUGCUUGACGGAAUGGUUGUCGCAUAGUAAAAAGAAAUAUUGCGAGCUUUGUCACCAUCCCUUUACAUUCACCCCAAUCUAUAGAGAGGACAUGCCAGAGAGAAUACCUAUACAAUUGUUUAUUACGCAGUUCAUUCGACGCAGUUUCUUUGUCAUCCUGACUAUCCUGCGCGCCAUACUGGUUGGUUUCGUUUGGCUCGUUGCUGUUCCGUAUGCCGCGCUAUGGACAUGGCGGUUUUAUUUCUGGAGUGGAGAGAACAUUCUCAUGGCACCCAACACGAACCCAAAGCCAACCUUAAACGAAACUGCCAUAUUGCCCACAGGCAACCAGACAGCUUCUCAUCUCACGCCAUUCGAAAAGAAUGUCAGAACAUUCUUAUCGGAUUGUAUGGAAGGACAAUUGAUUAUGCUGGUAGUCAUCUUGGCAUUUUUUGCCAUGUUUCUUUUACGAGAAUGGAUCAUGCAAAAUACACCGGCGGAUCUUCCUGUGAAUGAUGUAUUGGAAGUACAUGAACUACCAAGAGCCGAACCAAACCGUUUCGCAGCUAACGUUUUGAACGAGGCUACCUCUUCAUCAUCUGAUUCUGAAUCUGACUCGGACUCUGAACGCGACUCUGAUCAAGAAGAAGAAACGGCUACAAUAACUCAACCUAGCUCCAUACACGACCAGGAAUUAAAUGGUGGCGAAGGAUCUACCGCCUUGCUACCUACCGAUGAGGAGAACAACCAAGCGCCUAAUGCUAUCGAUAUACAAUGGCAUGCACUCGAUCAUGCAAGAGCUCAACCUAGGCAGCCCGCUGCAAACAACGUUCACCCACCACCGCAGUUCGAAGGAAAUGCAGCUCGACAAGCCUUACUUGCUCAUCAGCUCCAAGCCAACCAGCAACAAAGAAACAAUGAAGAGGACUUUGAAUUCGAAAACGCAGUCGAUGAUCUGGAUGGCGUCCUGGAGGCCAUUGGAUUAAGAGGCAAUAUCAUGCCACUUGGUCAGCACGCUGCUUUGAUGGUUUUGUUGAUUGCUGGAUGCCUUGGGUCAGCAGUGUGGACCCCCUAUAUUGUCGGCAAAGCGUUUAUUCUGAUGUUUCCUACCGUCUUUGUGACAGCGCCCAUUCACACUCUGCGACUGAUUAUUGACCCCCUUGUUGACCUUGUUCUCGAUGGCAUACUUCCGUUAGCGACAAAGGCAGCAGAGCCAUAUGCCUACCGCAUACGUGAUGCCUUCCAAGCAUCACCUGCAGCAUCGAACAUUUUGGAUGGGUUCAAUCAUCUGGUAUCUAGCGUCAAAAACAGUAAUGCGGGUUACCAGGUCUGGAGUAUCACAGGCGAUAACUCUUUUGGGAAAGAAGUAGCACAUACACUAACUCAAAAUCAAACUAUGGAUGGCACAUGGUGGCAAAUGAUGGUCGAUACCGACUAUGUUCAAUUACUGAGCACUAUGCGUACACACUGGUACCGUUUUGCUCUAGGGGAUCAUAGCUCAGACCGCAUGGUUUGCAUCCUUGUCGGCUAUGGUGUCUUGGUUACUAUUGGGUCAUGGUAUUUAGCAAGAUCUCGAAAUGCUUAUGGGCGAACGGUUGGAAGGGCUUUGCAGCAAGCUAUUCGCCAACAAGGUGCAAUUCUCAAAGUCACCUUCUUCAUUGGCAUUGAAUUGAUGCUCUUUCCCCUUGUCUGUGGAAUUCUACUAGACCUGUCUACCCUGCCCCUCUUUCCCGAGUCGACGGUGAUCAGCCGCAUCAACUACUGGCGGGCCAAUCCUGGGAUUUGGACCUUUCUCCAUUGGCUCCUUGGCACUAUCUUCAUGUUCCACUUUGCUGUCUUUGUAACUUUAUGUCGGGAUGUCGUCCGACCCGGUGUGAUGUGGUUCAUUCGAAACCCCAACGAUCCCCAGUUCCAUCCCAUCAAGGAAAUAUUGGAGCGUCCCGUGAUGUUCCAAUUGCGUAAAAUUGGUAUCAGUGCGUUGUUGUACGGUGGAUUGAUUGUGUUUGGUAUUGGAAGCGUUGUGUUCUCUAUUUCACACUUUGGAGGCUCCAUUUUACCACUCAGGUUGUCAAUGCAGCAUUCUACCUUCUCUUAUCCAGUGGACCUGAUCGCCACUCAUGUCGUUAUUCCGACCACCAUGAGCCGGCUGAAAGUGAAGGCCAGAUUUAAAGUCUUGCUGCAAAACUGGUGGAAAGCGGUUUCAAGGCAAUUAAGACUUUCUUCGUUCAUGUUUAAUGGUCGUUAUGCAGAGCAAGAAGGCAGACAUGUUCGCAAAACCUGGAAAGCAUUCCUCUUGAGACGCAGGGCUCCUAUUCCUGACCUCACGCAUGGCGAUCUUUCGAUAGAUGGAAUCUCUGCCGACGGUGAGGUUGAAUUCGUCAAAGAUGGUCAAUUGAUACGAGCUCCGAAGCACGAUGGUGUCCCUGUGAUUCGUGGAAGACGGAUGUUGGUUCCCAUCGACCCUGAAACUUAUGAGCCUAUUGAUGAAGUCGAACGUCAAAUGGGUCAUCCAGCGUCUACUGCGUUGGGUGGAGAAGAGCUGAACACGACGGUGGUGUAUAUUCCUCCCAGAUUCCGUGCUCGUAUCUUCUUCUUCCUUUACUUGAUGUGGUUGUCUGGAGCCAUCCUAGCCUGUUGCACUACUAUUGUUCCAUUGAUCAUGGGCCGUUACCUCUUCACAUUCUAUGUUGCAAAGGAUCACUCUGUACACGACCUGUACUCGUUCCUCCUUGGUCUUCACGUUUUACUGGCCUUAGCAUUUGCUGCAGACUAUGUGGUUCGCAAUAUCGUAGCUUUGCAAGCGGAUAGAUGGAACAUGUCUUGGUUCAGAGCCUUUGAAAAGUUGAAGCAUGCAUGCAUGCGUGUUGCAAACACUACUUAUAUUUUGCUUGCAUUUGGACUGGUGAUGCCCAUGUUGGUAGGAUUGUUCGUUGAACUCUACUUUAUACUUCCCACCCGAAAGUCUUCAAGACAAGAUAUUGCCACCAACCUUUUACAGGAUUGGUCGGUUGGAGUUGUGUACAUGAACUUGACAUAUGGUUUCCUGUCAUGGCUACCAGAAAAUUACUGGCGCAGAGUACUUCGCAACCUGUUUGCGAACGGUAUUUUAGAAGUUGAAGCUCGACAAGCCACGAACCUGUUCCUUGCCCCCGUCAUUAUCGGUGGGCUUGCCGCUAUUAUCAUUCCGGCGUUGGUUGCUUGGGCGGUUAUACAAGUGCUUGGUGAGUUUGACAUUCUGCUUGUAUAUGAGAUAAUGAUGAUGAUGGGCUAAACCUGUUUUUUUCUGUUAGCCCCUGACAAUGCUACGAUCCAAAACCUGAUCGUACGUCUCGCCUAUCCUACUGCGUGUUUGAUCGUAUUUGUA